CCGGGUGACGUGUCAAUUUGUUUACAGGAGGAAGUCCCCGAACUGCUGCUCGUCUCACAGACAUGGCUGUGGACAUAACGCUACUUUUCAAAGCCAGUGUCAAAACGGUCAAAACCAGAAACAAGGCGAUAGGAAUAGGUUUCGAUUCCACCAAAGAUGAGAUUUUCAAGCGGAGCAGACCUAAGAAUGGCUUCUCUCCUAAGGCGAAAGAAGUGAUCAUUAACAUCACCAAGCUCAAAGACUUCUUGCUGCAACACAGGAAGGAUUAUGUGAGCGCCGGAAGUCUCAUCUCAUCAGAUCUCACCCGCAUGACGGAUAACGAACGUGAUCAGAUUGACCAGGAUGCCCAAAUCUUCAUGAGGACGUGUUCCGACGCCAUCAAACAGCUACGCAUCGAUGCUGACAAGCCGGCGACAUCAGCCCAGACCAAAGAGCACAGGGGGGCGGUCUUGGACCUCAUUGAAAUGUACUUGAAAGGUGUAUGCAAGCUGUACUCGGAGCAGAGGGCCAUAAGAGUCAAGAGAAUGGUGGACAAGAAGAGACUGUCGAGACUGGGAUCCGAGCAGCACAGCCAUGUGCAGAAAAUCGUCGAUGAGGAGUCCAAGGAGGAAGUGACGGCGAAGGAGCAAAGCUCUGACAAGAGUGCAACAGAAACGUCGGACCAAAGCGUCAACCUGUGGGAGGAAGGCAAAGUGGAGGAUGAGCUCUCUCCUGAGGAGAUCCAAAUGUUUGAGCAGGAAAAUCAGAGGCUGGUCAGUGAAAUGAGCAACCUGGUUGAUGAAGUGAGGCAAAUCGAGGGGAAGGUUGUGGAAAUCUCAAGACUGCAGGAAAUCUUUUCUGAGAAAGUCCUCCAACAAGAGACUGAAAUUGAUAACAUACAUCAGUUGGUGGUCGGCGCGACAGAGAAUGUUAAAGAAGGCAAUGAGGAUAUACGGGAGGCCAUCAAAAACAAUGCCGGCUUCCGUGUCUGGAUCCUCUUCUUCCUGGUGAUGUGCUCUUUCUCGCUGCUCUUCCUGGACUGGUAUGACAGCUAACAGGCACGCCAUUUGGGAGCGCAGCAUGUUGGGAGGCAAUCUGGUUUCAGUCACAUGGUGAAAAAGUGACGACAACACCAGACGGGAGGUUUUCCAUUUAGCGUGCUGAACUUGAAAGACAAGAGACUAUUUAGCAGAUUCUUGUGGCCUCCUCUUCUAAUAGAGUUAUGUAUCUGCUUCACACGAGUUGAAGGCCGCCUCUGUGGAUGGAGCCAAACUUGGAUUGUCAGCACGAGGCCCACUUUUGGAUGGCGCGAUGGUCUCGGCAAGUAAACGCUUGAUAAAAGACAAACGUCAUUGCACGAAAUGAUACAUGUUCUAUUGCGCCUCCUUUUGAACAACCUUGAUGCAUUUGAAGGUUUGCUCCGAGAUGAAAAUUGCUACCUUUGUUUUUUUAUUUUAUUUUAAAGGAACAACCGUGCAUCUGUAAAUUCAACUUCACUAUAAGAUUGAGAAUGGUUUGUCUUCAGCAGCAGACCGUCGAACGAAUAAAGGAGCUCAUCACUCACA